CAGUGUCCAAUCCAUAUCCCGUACAAGCCAAUGUGGCGCGUAGUAGUUGGUGUUGUGUCGACUGCCUGCAUUUCUGCAUAUUUUCCAAGUAAUUUAUAAUGGGACGGAAGGCAAAUUAUUCCGAGAAGCCUAAACGAGGGCCUGGGAGGAAGGCACGCAUACAGCCGCCACCCCAGCUUCUGGAAUCCUUAAAAGCUGAACGGCCUCUUUCCCGACGGGCCCUGAAAAGACUUAAGAAGGCACAAACACCGAAAUCAGCAGGCGCAGCAAAGAAACACAUCAACGAAAAAUCAGAAGAAGAGGAGUUGGACGAUGCUGCUGCAGAAACAAAUGAUGGAAAAGGCUUCACGGAUGAUAAUAAGAAAUGGCUGAAGCCAAAACAGAGUGCCAAGCAGCUGUUGGAAUCUGAUGAAAGUGGCCAAGAGGAGGAGGGUGAAGGAAUGGAUGAUGACGAGCCCAUAGAAGAUGACUUUGGUGGCGAUGAAUCUGAGGAAGCCGGUGAAAGCUCGGAAGAUGAAGAGCUUCCAAUUGAAAGACAAUCGAGGAAGUUGCAGAAAAGACAGGAAGAAGAUGAAAAAUUGGCAGAAGAGGAACUGAAGACAAACAUUGCCGAAUCAGAAAUCAUCACCCUACCCAGCGGACAGGAAAUUGAAAAAGAGAAGCAUGAGCCUCCAGAUCUGGCCUUAAUAAGUCAGAGGAUCAAAGACAUUGUUCACGUAUUGUCAGACUUUGGAAAACGAAGAGAAGAAGGAAAAUCUCGUGUCGAAUACUUGGAAGUGCUGAGGAAUGAUCUGUGCGAGUACUACAGUUACAAUGAGUUUCUAAUGCAGAGAUUCAUGGACUUAUUUUGUCCAGCAGAGUUGAUUGAGUUCCUGGAAGCGAAUGAGGUACCACGGCCAGUCACCAUGCGGACCAACACUCUAAAAACGCGACGUCGAGACAUAGCACAGGCUCUUAUAAACAGGGGAGUGAACCUCGAUCCUGUUGGCAAGUGGUCGAAGGUUGGCCUGGUUGUCUACGACUCUCAAGUACCUAUUGGUGCCACACCUGAAUACCUUGCUGGCCACUACAUACUGCAAGGGGCAGCAUCUAUGCUUCCAGUUAUGGCACUGGCACCACAAGAAAAUGAAAGAAUCCUUGAUAUGUGUGCUGCACCUGGAGGAAAGACAACGCACAUCGGUGCCCUAAUGAAGAACACUGGAAUUUUGUUUGCUAAUGAAAUACACGAAGAACGUUGCAAGGCCAUAGUGGGCAACCUUCAUCGGCUGGGCAUCAAUAACACUGUCGUAUGCUCUUAUGAUGGCAGGAAAUUUCCUGAGGUAGUGACUGGUUUUGACAGAGUACUCCUUGAUGCACCAUGCAGUGGCUCUGGAGUAAUUUCCAAGGAUCAGGCAGUUAAAACAAAUAAGGAAGAAAAAGACAUACUGAGGUGUUCGCAGCUUCAGAAGCAGUUAAUCCUCUCUGCUAUUGACUGUGCAGAUUGCAGCAACAACAAGCCUGGCUACAUUGUGUACAGCACCUGCUCUGUCUUGCCAGAAGAAAAUGAGUGGGUAAUUGACUAUGCUCUUAAAAAGAGGAAUGUGAAGCUUGUACCUACUGGUCUGGACUUCGGACGUGAAGGAAUGACUCGGUAUCGAGAGCACCGCUUUCAUCCAUCAAUGAAUAGAACACGUCGAUUUUAUCCACAUACUCAUAACAUGGAAGGUUUCUUUGUUGCCAAGCUAAAGAAGUUCUCCAAUGACAUUCCAGUAACAGGAGACAAUGAAGAAAAAAAAGGAAGUGCCAGUCAAACCCAUACCAGUUCAGAGAAGCCACAAAAGACCAGCAAGAUCUCAAAAAAGACGUUGAAGGAGGAAGAAACAGAAGAGGCGACAGAUAACCUGGAGUCAGUCACGGAGCAGAAGACGGCUAAAAGAAAAAGUGCUCAGCCAUCCACAAGUCCCAAGAAGAAAAAUAAGCAGAAGAACGAGAAGAGGAUAUCGGAAGAGAGUGAAGAGGAAAGUCCCAAACUGGCAAAAAAGGAAAAGCCACGAAAAAUGUCCAAAAAGCCAAAAAAGAAGUCUUUGGCAGGCUCUACUGUACCAGGCCUCUUUACAUCAUGAUGGGUACCGCCCUACCGACGACAAACAGAUGAAGGACGAGACCCUCUUUGCGCCUUCGCCAAUUACCACAGACAGGUUGGCCGCCACUGGCGACUAUAUACAGUUCCUCUCGUCCCAGGAAGCGAAGACGGCACGUGACCUCCGAUAUUGCUCAAGAAGCAAGAAAGGGGUUUUCCCCCCGCACCGUAAUUGAUUUAUCGACCGUACUGCCUUGCUGGCCCCAAAUGGGAGAGGAUGCCAGCAUCUUCCCGGUUGCCCUUUGUCACUUUUACAAUUGCUGUCGACAGUGUCGAAGGGAACGAG